UAUUGUUAAAACUUCAAAAAGUAUGAACAAAGAAAAAUUUUUUCGACGUUUGAGAAUUUUUCAAAUCGUAAUAGCGAUUCUCAUUUGUCUAAUUGAAAAGGUGAAAAUUUACUCAUAUGAGACGUAUGAAAGUUUGGAUAUUGCUUAUUAUACUAUUGAUCCUAUUGGUCCAGACCACAUUACAUUUUUGGUUUGGGAUUUUGAUUUUUGCGGAUCUAAUUUUCCCAAUACCACUGAUGAUUAUGAUAAUAUUAUUCUUACAAGUUUAUACGACCCUCCGAACUUUUAUUAUAACGAAACUUUCAUCGAUUUGGAUUACUAUUAUGGCUAUAUUGUAAUUGCGACCAUCUCAUUAAUUUCAUUAGCAUAUAAUUUAUUUAGGGCAGAGAAUCCACACUUCACAAAUCAGUUUUUGAGAAUAUUUAAAAUAUAUGAUAAUAACCUUGAUUCAAUAUUAUUGAUUGGUUGGUUUUUUACAGCUAUUACAAGUACUCUUAAAUUCUUUACAAAUAUGGAUGAUAUGUGUUAUGGAUUUAGUGAUUUAAGCGUAACAUUGGCUGUAAUCCUCUGUGCGAGUCAUAUAAUUGGUUAUAUUUUAUGUUUGUUAAUGUUCCUUUCAUGUAUAAUUAGAAUGGUCAUAAAAUAUAGAGAGAAUUCUCAUCAAAAUGAUGAUGAAUAUGAAUACGCUCCUUUAUUAAGGGAUGAUGUUGAUGCGAAAUUAAUUGAUGAUGAAGAAAUUAACGUGAAAUGUAUUGAAGCUUAUAAGAAAGAAACUGAAGUUGAUGUAAAGUUGAUUGAUAUUUGAUGAUUCAGACGGAAAAUAAAAGUAUAAACGGAAUAAUUAGUAUUUUCAUAUUAAAGAAUUGUAAGGUCAAAAUUCAUUUAUAGUGUUUAUAAUGAACUAAUUAGGUCCAAAAACAUUUUUUUACUGAGAAUCAAUUAAGUUCAAACACAUUUUUUACAUAAUUUAUUAUACUACGCUACGAAUUGUAAUUCCACAUUUCAUAAUGGUAUAUCCAAUUAAUGCACGUCGAAUUUUUUCGUCGAAUUA